AGUGUGUGUGGUUUCAAGAUGGCUGCGGAGGAUCUCCCGUCUCAAUUUGAUGUUGUCAUUCUCGGAACAGGCCUCACUGAGUCUGUCAUUGCUGCGGCCUGCUCCAGAGUUGGACAAAGUGUUUUGCAUCUGGACAGGAGGAACUAUUACGCUGGAAACUGGGCAAGCUUCACUUUUAAUGGCCUGCUGUCGUGGAUUGAGGAAUAUAAGAAUCAGCAGGAGCUUCAGAUCACAGAGUCGGAGCAAGAAUGGAGGAGCUUGAUUGAAGAUGGGGAAGAAGUGGUGCCUCUUAACUCUGUCGAUUCUUCUAUUUCCAACUUAGAAGUUUUCUGUUAUGCCAGUGAGGAAGAGGAGCAAGAAGAGGAAACCAAAGACCUGUUAACAUGUCCGAAUGCUGAAACUGUAUCGGAAGAGACCAACAGUGACUCUACAGAAACUCAAGACACGGUUACAAGUGAUGAUGUUACAGAAUCAAAUGUUAAAGUGCAGAAUGAAGAGAAUGAAGAUUCUGCGCCAAAAGAGCAGCUACAUGCAUCGGAUAUUUCUGAACACAGCCAGUCAAUGGAGGAGAAACAGCCCAACAGAAGCCCAGCAGAUCCACCUGCAGAGCUGCAGAAGAAGAUAACAUAUCAAAAGCUGUUGAAAGAGGGACGCCGGUUCAACAUUGACCUGGUCUCAAAGCUGAUGUAUUCACGUGGUGCACUGGUGGAUCUGCUCAUCAAAUCUAAUGUGAGCCGCUACGCAGAGUUCAAGAACAUCGGCCGCAUCCUCACUUGCAGAAAUGGAAAAGUGGAGCAGGUCCCAUGUUCACGGGCAGAUGUGUUUGCCAGCAAGCAGCUGACCGUGGUGGAGAAGCGCAUGCUGAUGAAGUUUCUUACCUUCUGUCUGGACUUUGAGCAGCACCCAGAGGAGUACCAGGAUUACUCAGAGAAACCGUUUAGUGAGUUCCUGAAGAAUAAGAAGCUCACUGAGAACCUUCAAGAUUUUGUCCUGCUCUCAAUCGCUAUGGUGACGCAACAGACCCUCACGGAGGAAGGACUAAAGGCCACACAGCACUUCCUGCGAUGCCUGGGUCGCUACGGCAACACUCCCUUCCUGUUCCCCCUCUAUGGCCUUGGAGAAAUCCCACAGUGCUUUUGCAGAAUGUGUGCUGUAUUUGGAGGAAUUUAUUGUCUGCGACACUCGGUGCAAUGUCUAGUUGUGGAUAAGGAGUCCAACAAAGUUAAAGCAGUGAUUGAUACACGUGGCCAGAAGAUCGGCUGCAGUCAUUUUGUGGUUGAAGAUUCCUACAUCAGAGAGGAGCAAAGAGAGAGCAUCGAUUACAGGCAGAUAUCUCGAGCAGUGUUAAUCACAGACAGAUCUGUGCUGCCUUCAGAAUCUGACCAGCAGAUCUCUUUGGUGACCGUUCCUCCUGUGGAAUCUUCUGGACCAGCUGUGAGGAUGGUUGAGCUGUGUUCGUCCUCCAUGACCUGCAUGCCUGGCACCUGUUUGGUCCACUUGACCUGUUCAUCGUCUGGUACGGCCCAGCAAGAUCUUGCUCCAGUAGUAUCUCAAUUAUUUCACAUUCCCACCACUCCGGGAGAAGAUCCUUCAGAAGGCACAGGGGAGAUAAGCAAGCCUGCAGUGUUAUGGGUCAUGUACUUCAACAUGAGGGACACGUCAGCCAUGGACAGCAGCUGCUACAGCCUACCGAGCAACGUCCACGUGUGCACUGGUCCUGAUGCUGGACUGGGCAGCGACUACUCCAUUAAACUGGCUGAAUCAGUAUUUCACUGUCUCCUCCCUGAUGAGGAGUUCUGCCCGCCUGCACCCAACCCUGAGGACAUCAUCUAUGAUGGUGACGCUCCACAGGCUGAAGGACCAGGGUUUGAUGAGAGUAAUGACACAGAAGCGAAUAAAAUCCAGGCAGAGGAAGAAGGAACCAGCAAUGAGAUGAAUCCUGAGAACUCUGAAGCAGCAGAGAUGGUCAGUGCUGCGCAGGAGACCACGCUGGACACCAAUCCACCGUCUGAAGAGUAACUUCUUUAGAGGUGUUUGAUUCACCGAGCAUGUGAAUUCACAAAUGUGUCAUGUUCUGGAGGGCCAGUAGGUCUCAAAGUUGACGUUUUCAAUCCUGUUAUGUUCUUUUUAUAUAUAUUUUAUGUGCCUUUCUUUUGCAUUUUCACACUCUACACCCUUUAUGCCAUUUUAUUUUGACCGGUAACUGUAAAGCAGGUUAUAAGUUCGCUUUCUAAAAGCCAAAAUGCUGUUCUUUUUCUUUUAUUUCAGAAUGUGUUCUCAAUUUUGCAUGUUCCAAGCAAGGUGCCUAUUAUAUAUAUUUAUUUGAAUGAGGAAAAACACACUUGAUUAUGGCAAGGGAUUGCUACUUUAAAUUUUGUAAAGACUCAUUUUUGUUACAAUCUUCAAUUUCAAAUGUCUAUUCAAAUGCUCUCUUGUCUUAAGUCUGUUUUGCAUCAUUACAUCCAUUAAACCGCUAUAAAUAUAUCAUGCAGAAAUGGUUGCAGGCAUUAAAUCUUUAAUUGACAA